ACGGUGACGUCAGCUUUCGAUGGCGCUUUUCGAACAUUUCAAAAAAAUGUUUUGACUUUUUCAUAAAUUUACUCUACAGAAAAUUUCCCAAACUUCUCCGAAUUGGCAUUAUUUUAUCAAUUUUUAACAAACUGUAUCAAAUUUUUCAAGAAAAUCCAUAUAAAACCCCUCUUCGAAAAAUUAUCGUAAUCUUUCGCACAAAACUUAUCGACUCAUUUUCGAAUUUUUCGGUGUGUGCAAAAAAUUGAUGGAGUUUGGGAGUUUUCCCACAGGAAAAACCUCAAAAAGCGUGUAAAAACAGUGAAAAGUGUUUUCCUAGGAGGCAGUCACCUGAACAACAGCUCGGUCUUCGUGUGCGACAAUGGCGGCUACCAUAGGAAGAUUUUGUGGAGUUCAAUUGUUCAAAUCGAGCAAUCGGGCUGUCUUUCAGCAGGUCAACCACUUUUCCACCACCAGGACAUGGAGCAAGACUCAAAAGAGAUGGCUGGCCACCAUGGGAAUGCUCGCUGGAGGUGCUAGUGCCCUGGUAUAUGCCCUAGAACAAUCUGUGGAGGCAUCUGAUGCAGUAGUGCAUGCCCCCAAGUUACCAUGGAGCCACAAUGGUGUCAUCUCUUCGCUCGAUCAUGCAAGUAUUCGUCGUGGCUACGAAGUUUACAAGCAAGUUUGUGCCGCAUGCCACUCAAUGCGGUACAUUGCCUACCGCAAUCUUGUGGGAGUCUCCCACACGGAAGCCGAAGCUAAGGCUGAGGCUGAAGAGACUCAAGUGCGAGAUGGUCCCGAUGAGAAUGGGGAGUACUAUAUGCGACCUGGGAAGCUCUCCGAUUACUUCCCCAAUCCCUAUGCGAACGAGGAAGCCGCUCGUGCUGCCAAUAACGGAGCCUUCCCUCCGGACUUGAGCUACAUCGUGCUGGGUCGCAAAGGUGGCGAGGAUUACAUCUUUGCCCUACUCACGGGUUACGUGGAUGCACCGGCAGGAGUGGUGCUGCGCGAGGGACAGCACUACAAUCCAUACUUCCCCGGAGGUGCCAUCUCUAUGGCUCAGGCGCUCUACAAUGAAGUAUUGGAGUAUGAGGAUGGGACACCACCAACUGCCAGUCAAUUUGCAAAAGACGUGUCGACGUUCUUGAAGUGGUGCUCAGAACCGGAGCAUGAUGAGCGCAAGAGGAUGCUCAUCAAGGCGGUGGGUAUGUUUACACUUCUAGGUGUCUUAGCCUACUACAUCAAGAGGCACAAAUGGUCAGUCCUCAAGUCACGAAAGGUUGUCUACCAACCCAAGAAGUACGACAAGUAAAUAAAUAAAUAAAGAAAAGAGAAAAAAAAUAGCACAGCCAUUGUAAAACCACGCGAGAGAUGGAAAAGAAAACAUUUUUGAAUGCUGUUCAGCCACUCAAUUAGAGAAAUUAUCAAACCAAUCUGUUGUUUUGUUCAACUUUUAAUUUAAUUUGAAGAAGGAAGAAAUUAUGUGAAAAAAAUACUUUAAAAUUGACGAGGAAGGAGUCCGAGAAAAAUUCAGUUUGAAGGAAUGGCCGUAAUCCGUGUUGCAGCUUCGUUGCCGGCGAUAACAAAAAAAGGGGGUAUUCAUUGAGAGAGAAAAAAAUCAGCAAUGUAUUUCAAAGUGUAGAUUGCAAUUAUCUAUUAAGGAUGAAUAAAUUAUUUAAAAAUGUG